UGUUUAACCAGUGCUGUGCUAAAAGAUAGGCUGAGCUUCCCCAAAGCCUUAUUUUUGGGUCAGCUGUCAUCAGAUCUGGAGCUGCAGUUCUUUCUAGCCUUUUCACACUGUUGGACAGUUGGAUCUCAGGGGUAAAGAGAGCAAGAGAAAAAUUGAAAAGAAGACACAAUGGUUGGCAUCUGAAGGCAAGUUCUGAAAAAAGCACUUGGAAGGAAGCCAAGAGAAGAACAAUGGGGAAUGUUGUCAAAACACUGAAAACUGCACCUGAAGUGAAGAGUACAUCUUGGCAAUCAGGUCACAGAAGUGAUUUUCUUGCUGUUCUUUAUGACUAUCCUACACCGGAUAUAAGCCAGCCUGUAUUUCAAGUUGGGGAGAAACUACGUGUGAUAUCAGACGAGGGUGCCUGGUGGAAAGCUUGCUCCCUCACUACAGGAAAAGAAAAUUAUAUUCCGGAAAAAUGUGUUGCCAGAGUUUACCACGGCUGGUUAUUUGAAGGUAUAGGCAGAGAAAAAGCCGAAGAACUUCUGCUCCUUCCGAAUAACAAAGUUGGCUCCUUCAUGAUUAGAAAAAGUGAAACGACGAAUGGUUUUUAUUCGUUGUCAGUCCGGCAUGUGGACGUGAAACAUUACAGAAUCUUCCGCUUGCCAAACAAUUGGUAUUAUAUCUCCCCUCGGCAAACAUUUCAGUGCCUUGAGGACCUCGUAAACCACUACUCUGAGGUGGCCGACGGCCUGUGCUGUGUUCUCACAACGCCUUGCCUCACCCAGCACACCAGCAUGCACGAAGGAAGGAAUCAAGAGCCCCCCGUGGUGAUGCGUAACAAAUUCAGGUGGAAUCAUACGCAAAGGCCAAAGGAGUGUGACGAUGACAUUGUAGACAUGCUCAGAUUGGAAGACUCUGGCCUCAGCUACGGUCUCCGAAACAGCAUCGCUUCUUACCUUGCCCUAACUAUGGAAGAAGAUCCUUCUUUCGUGCGAAAGAAGGCCAAGAAAACCCAAUCUAUGAUAUAUCGGAGCCAGCACCCACCCCAACCCAAUCUCAUGUAUCAUGAGGACUGAAUCUGAGAAAACCAGCUUGGGAGUUACCAGGAUGGAACUGAAUUAGCACUUUGAUGGAUCUUUCUGCACUCUUGGAAAUACCAUCAACAUCAUUUCUAGAUAAUGAAGAUCUCAUCUUCAAUCUCACAGAUGCCCAAAUAUAUCCAUAUUUAUAUUUAUUUAUACAGAUGGGGGUCCUUUGUAAGAUAUGAACUUUAUUAAUGUAUGAUCCUCUGAUGAAACUGGAAAAUGCGUGCACAUGUAUGUAUGUGUGGGUGUGGGUGUGUUUAUGUAUAUACA